AGAAUCUAAAACCACUGUUUUUAUACCGACCGCAGUCGAGCAGUACAGUUGUUGUAUAGCCCCAUGCAUGAUCAUCGCGCCUUCCCCAAACACCAAGACAUGAAUAUUAAAAGAGGACAAUUGCCUUAAUAAAAGUUUUUAUUCUCAUCACUAAAACUUAAUAUCCUACAAAUGCCUUCAACUGUUGUCCGGUACGUUACUCGAGAUGAUGAUUCCAAAGAAUCGAUUGCAAAGGAUAUCCCAAAAGAUAUAAAAUUAUUUUAUUUAAAAGCGACGAUUGCCAUAUUGACUUUGGCUCUGGCAACUGUUUCUGCAAUUUUAGUUUGGAAGCUUUUAGUUGACCACGAAACAGAUUGUAUUAAAGACGUCACACAGAUACCCAAUGAAGAGGAAAAGGAUGAGAGUCUUAAUUCUCAGAGACAGGAUUGUCCUCCUGUUGGCAACCUGAAUUCCUUGCCUUAUAUCCUUCCCCGUGCAUUUCAACAGACAUUCGACGAGAUAAAGCAACGUCUAAAAAAAGAGGUCGAGAAACAGACACUAGUGUCAGUCUCAUCUACUGCAGUGUUCAGAAAUAGAGUAUUAUGGAAUGCCGCAUAUGGAGUCUUAGAUAAGUCAGUGGUGCCUAGAAGGUCUCCUGAUAAAGAAACUUUAUAUAGGACAGGCAGUCUUGUCAAGUUGUUAACGGUAUUGCUGACUUUUAAAUUGUUGCAAGAUAAGAGACUUGAUUGUUUAGAUGACCCCUUAAAGAAAUACUUACCGGAAUUUUCUGUAAAAAGUGUGAACAUUAAGGAUUCUGUAACUAUCAGGCAAAUUCUCAGCCACACGUCAGGUUUACAGAGAGAAGUUCCUUGUGGACCGUCCUUCUCAUCAAACCAUCAAAACAUUUGUCCUGUUAAUACUACAUACGUUAUUGAAAAACUGAAGAGUUUCAAAUUAAAAUUCACACCUGGAACAAGUGUGGGUUACAGCAAUCUCGGUUAUGCAAUAUUGGCACAUGCGUUGUUUGAAAAAUUUGGUGGAAAGUAUGAAAGCUGGCAAGAGUGGAUGUUUAGUGAAGUUUUGUAUCCUCUUCGUAUGAAAAGAACUGUUUUGAAAAAUGACAGAUUUUUUGAUAACGUGGCUAAGAAUUACAAAUCAAACGGAGUUUUAUCACCACAACUCAACUGGGGCUGGUCUUCACCCUCGUUUCAAAUGUUGACAUCAACCAAUGAUCAAGCUAAACUUAUGUUGGGCAUUUUGAACCCUGGAACGUCUUUCAUUGAUGAAAUGAUGAUCAGAGAUAUGUUUAAACCUGAAUUCGUAUUCCCAGAUCUGCAAAUAUUCUCUCCCGGAUGGCAAAUUCGAUACCAUCAUUCUAUUCGCACAAUAACGAAUGCAGGGGCAGUCCCAGGAUCUUCAUCGGCUAUGAUCUUAUUGCCAGAACAAAAGUUCGGUUUGGUCAUACUUGCUACUGGUCAAGAGAUUGUUCCAAAAUUAGCUCAGGAAAUUUCAAAGAAACUUUCCAAGACUUUCUCAAUGAACGUAGUUUUAAAUUCUCUAGAGAUCAAACCACCACCUAAAUCACGACGAUACAUUGGUCUUUAUAUGUUAAAAAAUAGCUGGAGUGAUAAAGUGAAAGCUAUUAUCUCGAUUGAAUCAUUCACUGGACGCUUGAUGCUGAAACAAGACCCUGGCUACCCGCCUUUUGUUUAUCUCAGCUUUAAAGAUCAUCAACACUUGCAAAUUGUCUACCCUCGCGGCUUGACAUGUCUGGCUUAUUCGUUGGGACAAGAUAAAGAAAAUAUUGUAUUCAAACAUCUUGACUAUGAAGACCGUUAUUCGCAGUUUACACUUGGUUCGUUUGUCUUCGAACGAAUUAAAAAAUAAACUAUUUUGCAUCCAGGGAAUAUAUAUACCUUCGUGAGAUGUCAUUCAUGGAUUUGGGCUGAGAGACAUGACAUGAGGAUUGACUGAAGAUUUUGUUGGGUGUAUGACAGCCUCUACCUCCCAAAACGUCCAAAACGUCGGUCUCAAAGAAUAAUGAAAAUUAACAGGCAUGUAAUCUCUGACAAAGAGAAUUGCUAUGGGAGUGCCGGCAAGAGUGUUUGCGUGGUUUGUGCGACCGACAACGAUGGUGGCGCCUCGUAAGGUCUCCGAUCCUUUGAUCUAUUUAAAAGCCUGUAGUGUUCCUAUAUUUAUUUUAUUAAUAGCGCCUGGCAACGAGGCUGGCGUAGGACAUUGUGGACAUAAAUAUUGAUAGCCCAGUACGCUGCAGGAAAUGCUGUUCCAACGAUUCAAAGCCUAAAACAAUCUCGUAUGUAUAAAAACAUAAGUAAAUAAGAAUCUCGCGGUCCUCGUUUGUUGAUUUUUUAGCAGACAGGUCAAUUGUUACAUCUUCAAUUGUUCAACAAUACAUGGCUAUGCCUAUGAAGAUUAUCUGGUAA